GGUCGUGAGGGGAGGCGCCGCCUCGCAGCCCGCCCGCCGCCAUUUUGGCUGGUUUGCGUCGCUUCCGCUGCUGGGAAGUAAACAGAGAGGGAGGGAGGGAAGGAGAGAAGCGGCGAUCGCGGGCGGGACGGGACGGCUAGCAGAGCACAGCCGGGCGGAGGAGGCGCUGGGGUCGGGCUUCGGUGGAGGGAGCCGAUGUGGCCGGAGCGGAGGCGCCAGCGCGGCCCGAGUCCCGGUUAAUGCGAAGCGCAGCAGGGAGCCGCCAGAAUGAAACGAGGAAGGAAAACGAACGAGGCCAGCAGCAGUUCAUCUGAGGAGACAACUAAGAAAGAAUCCAAGAGACACAAGGUUAUAGAUGAGAAAACCAUAGUUGUGCAGAGUCCUGACUGGGCAAACCUGCUUCAAGACAUUAUCCUGCAGGUGUUUCAGUACUUGCCCCUUCUGGAUCGUGCUCAUGCAUCGCAGGUCUGCAGAAGCUGGAACCAAGUGUUUCAUAUGCCUGAUCUCUGGAGAUGUUUUGAGUUUGAACUGAAUCAACCAGCUACGUCUUACUUGAGGGCUACGCAUCCUGAACUAAUCAAGCAAAUAAUAAAGAGGCAUUCCAAUCACCUGCAGUAUGUAAGCUUCAAGGUGGACAGUAGCAAGGAAUCUGCAGAAGCAGCUUGUGAUAUUUUAUCACAGCUUGUGAAUUGCUCUCUGAAAACACUUGGGCUAAUUUCAACUGCCCGGCCAAGCUUCAUGGAUUUACCAAAGCAUGGCUCUAUCUGCUCCUUAGUGUGUGUUUCUCAAGUUAAGGUGUCCUGGGCUCUGUCUUUACUGUCUCACUUUAUUUCUGCACUGACAGUGGUGUUUGUAAACUCCAAAUCCCUCUCUUCACUUAAGAUUGAUGAUACACCAGUAGAUGAUCCAUCUCUCAAAGUGCUAGUGGCUAACAAUAGUGACACACUCAAACUGUUGAAAAUGAGCAGUUGUCCUCAUGUUUCUCCAGCUGGUAUCCUUUGCGUGGCUGACCAGUGCCAUGGUUUACGUGAAUUGGCACUGAACUACCACCUGCUGAGUGAUGAGCUUCUGCUUGCUUUGUCUUCUGAAAAACAUGUCAGGUUAGAACACUUGCGCAUUGACGUUGUCAGUGAAAAUCCUGGACAGACUCAGUUCCACACAAUUCAGAAGAGCAGCUGGGACGCUUUCAUCAAGCAUUCUCCUAAAGUAAAUUUAGUAAUGUACUUUUUCUUGUACGAAGAAGAGUUUGACCCGUUCUUUCGUUAUGAAAUACCUGUCACUCACCUUUACUUUGGAAGAUCAGUAAGCAAAGACGUACUUGGCCGUGUUGGGAUGACGUGUCCUCGGUUAGUUGAACUGGUGGUGUGCGCCAAUGGAUUGCGGCCACUUGAUGAGGAGCUGAUCCGUAUUGCGGAACGUUGCAAGUAUCUGUCAGCCGUUGGCCUAGGAGAAUGUGAAGUCUCUUGCAGUGCCUUUGUUGAGUUUGUGAAGAUGUGUGGUGGUCGUCUCUCUCAGCUUUCUAUUAUGGAGGAAGUUCUGAUUCCUGAUCAGAAAUACAGCUUAGAGCAGAUUCAUUGGGAAGUUUCAAAGCAUCUCGGUAGAGUCUGGUUCCCGGACAUGAUGCCCACAUGGUAAAGUCCUUAAAAGACUUCAGGGCAGAUGGAAUAGCACCUUAAACCCAAGCUUACCAUAUUGCAAUUUACUGUAUAAGCUUAUAUAAUACUAUAGUUUUUACUGUAAGUUACUUCAUUGUUUCAUUAGAAAAUUAAUUUUUCAUUCAAAAAUGAUUUAUGAAAUCCAGAUUCAAAAAUAGAAAUCAUGGAUAGCUCCAAAAUCCUUUCUCAUCCAAACAAAAAUCUGUUUUCUGUCUUAGAUUUGUUCUUUUUCAUUGACAGUGACCUCAGACUUCUAUGGAAGUAAAAAAUGUAUUUAAAAUACUGAAAUGUACCUGCAGAAUACCAGUUUUAAUAUGCUGUCCUUCUUUGAUUUAGAUGCUAGUAUUGAACACGAUCAGAUUUGAUCUUAAAAAACAAACAAAACCCCACCAAAACUGCACGCUGCUUUUGCAGAGUAUAGUAUUUCUAAAUCCAGUCACCUAGAUGACAGGAUUAAGAUUGUAAGGAGCAUUUAGUAGGUUGUGAAAUAUACACAUUCUUUUAUAUGAAAGUUAUAAAAGGCAAUAGCAAUACACAAUAAUAUAGUUUAGAUAAUUAAAAUGUUAAGUUUGCUACCUUAUUCAACAGAUUAGAUCCAUCUAAAAUGUAUUUAGAGCGCAAACAAAUAUUAGUGCAAGCUACCAAAAGUGGUGUGGAUUUUUCUCCCCUCUAUGCAUUUUAACGUAGUUUGCUUAUGGGGUCUCAGAUCUGUGUCUAAACCUGUUUUAAGGUAUUUUAUGUCUAGCUCAGGAAGCGAAAGCAUUCUGGGGAAAAAUGUAGAUACAUUGUAUUUAAAAACACAUCGGAGUUAAUGAGCUUUUCUUGCACAUUAACCAGUUUUGCAGCAUACAGUUAGAUGGAAUAAUGUAUAGUUUAUUAAACGAACCCUUCAGUGUUAAAAUGUGAUGACGUGAUGAACAGUGUGAGACAAGAAAGUUAAAAUUUGAAUGGUGACCAAGAACCUUUUAACAAAAAUCUUAAGACCUUUUGUCUGCUUUCAAUUGGAGAGAAAUGACAUUGUAACAGUUGCUUAGGCUGUAUAAACUAAUUGUAUACUGUAAAUCUGUUUCAGAAAUGUUUAUGUAUAAAGUGAAUGUUUGAUAGAUGAUCAUUUUGUAUACCUUUAAUUCAGCUAGUUCAAUCAUUUCAUAAUAUUUAAACACCUAAAAGCAGUAAACUUGCGUGAAGUAGAGCAAUAGGCAAAAAUUUGUUUUGAAUACUUGGUAAAUCGGUUUCAUUAAAGAAAGAUUUUAGUCUGUAAGUGGUGUAGGCAAUGUAUUGCCUGUGUUCUGGAUGUGGCUUGUGACUUCAUUUCUUACCGCGAACAGUUACGUUAUUUUCUCUUUUAUUGAUUGGUAACACUAAAGUAUUCCCGUGACUGUUGAGUGUGUUUGAGGUGUCGUCAGCCACCAGCAAGGCAAAGCCACCCCAGCUGUGGGCUGUACUGAACGUAGCUGGUGGCUGCUUCUCAUUUGGGCUGUACAGCUAGUUCUGGUAAUCAGCAGAUUUUCUUCAUUUCUGAGUUCAGUAAUGUUUAUCCAGAUGUAUAGUUCAAGUGUAAUACACUUAUGACCGCAUUUAAGUUCAUAACUAUAUUUUGAGCAAACAUUGCUCAGCAGACUGGACAUCUUUGUAGGGUAGUUGUAUGUUUCUGUAGAGCUUUGAUUUAAAAAUCACAUUUUAUGAAAUACGCAGGUUUUGUAUUAGAAUUUGUUAAAUUAAUGUAAUACUAUAAUUUGCUUUUAUUUGUAUAAAAGGUGUCAAUAUAUUUAGUCCGUAAAAGUAAAAAAGCUCAGUGUUUUUUAUAUUCUGACUUUUGGAAUUGCCUGCAUGAUAAAGGUGGAGUAACACUACUGAUGUGGGGAAGAGGACAUGUUUUCACUAAAUUAAUGUGUGAAGUAAUCUCAUUAGUAACACAGCUAAAACCUCUUUGGACCUUGACUGCUGGUGUCCUGCUGUUGCCAAGGCAAGUUGGUCUGUUGCAUACUGCUGUGGUAGUGGGGAAUAACUGAAAGGUGAGACACAGCCUAAGUAUCCGAGUUCCCUCACUUCUGGAAUUCGUAUCUUUGAAGGCCAGCGUUGGGCUUCUUGCAGAGAGACCUCCAUCAGAUCCUGAGGUGGGGAACAUGUUAGCAACUGAAGGCUUUAUGCUUAGUUGUAGUAGAACUGCUUCCCCAGCAAGGUAACUGGCUGGCCUUUUCUGAGAAGGUCUCUGUUUUGUUGCAUAGACUUCAAAAAGUCCUUCACAAAUGCGACACAGGGUUGUAACAGUUAUCAAAAUGUUCAAGGAUAAGAAAACCACUUGAAAGCAGUUGUCUCUCUCUUCCACUGAAGGUCACCAGUUUUUAUACAUCAAACCAAUUACAGCAUCCUUGGCUCAAAUAAUCCAGCUAUAAAACAAACUUCCCAGGCAAGCCUAUAUCCUAAGUAGCUUCAGGAAAAGCUACAAUGUUCCUUUUUAGUGAAUCUUGUAAAAUUCUUAUUUUGCCUUCUGCACAUGUUGGAAGAAAUGAAUAAUAAUAAAUAAAAAUCCAUGACACAAGUAGUGACAAGAGUACCACAGACUGUCAUGAAGUUCACUAGAAGCAUGAACAUGGGUGUCUUACAACUGUAUAAAAUAAUUUUCCCUGGGUUCACCUUUAUUUCUUCAGUUUUCAGAAGAGGAUAAUCCAGCAUUGGCUUGGUUGUCCAGUUUUGGGUAGGAGUUGUUAAUGUGUGCAGUCACAAAUCUUACCUCUGGACACAAGUGCUACAUCACUUCAUUUUUUUUUGAUAUAAAAUUACCCUUGAAAGCUGUUGAUGCCAAACAGCUGGGGUGAUCCUGACCAUUAAUGCUAGUUUACCAUGAGAUGUUGUAUUAAAAGUGAAAAGGUGAGUGAUUGAAGAGCAGCUGUUUACAUUAACUACUCCUGUAAUUUACCUAAAGCUACAAACUUGUGAACUUAAGUGAGUUUUUUAGGGAUUUUUAAGUCAGAAACUUUAACUAAUACUAUGCAAACUGAUCUAACUACAUAGGUAUAAAUCAGCUAUAUCUAUUCCAAUUGUUAAAAUUUUGAUGUGUGCCAAAUCAAUUCCCUGUGAAUUUAAAGCAGGGGUCAACUGGGCCUCUUUAUAUUUGGAGUGUAGGCCUGACUAAAACCUAAACUUUGUUAUGUGACUUUAGAGAUCUGUCUUCAUCUCUGGCUGGUCUAGUUGGUUGCACAUGGAAUGGUAAAAAUAAGUGCUGCUGCUGUAUCUAAAACUGGAGCAUUGAUUAAUGAGGAAAUUUGUAAAAUCUUAAAGGGACUCAG